AUGCCCGAAGAUGUGAAGCCGGAUGCAAGUUUAUGUCACUGCUUCCACAAAGCUCCCAACAGGGAAACGGCCUUGUCGGUUGCUAGGCGUGGCAGCUUCCGACCCAAGGAAAAAAAAACCACGCUCACCUUGUCGGAUCGUCACACAGGUGAAAUUUUCUUGGUAGACACAGGGGCAGAAAUUUUCGUUUUUCCUGCUAGUAGACAAGACAGACAACAUAAAAUCAUGUCAGAACCCCUAGCUGCUGCCAACGGCACGCGCAUUAGGACUUGGGGUAAAAGAACUUUCACAAUUCACUUGGGAACCAAUCACAUUUAUUCCCAUGAGUUUGUCUUGGCUGAGGUAACCAGACGUAUCUUAGGCGCAGAUUUCUUUACCAAACACAACUUAGUGAUAGAUCUAAGACAAAAACGAUUGUUAUCACUGGACAAAGCUUCGAUCAAGCUUAAAGACAGUCGCCAGAUCCUCACAGUGGGCGGUUUGUCCUGGUCGCCGCACAACGAAUACUCAAAGAUCAUCGCAAAAGAAUUCCCAGAAAUACUAAUCCCGCAAUUCACUUCUCAUAUCAACAAGCAUGGUAUCGUCACGCAAGGUCCACCCACUAGCGCACGGGCAAGACGUUUAGACACCCAGAAAUUAGAGGUGGCAAAAGAAGAGUUUUUCAAGAUGGAGAAGAUGGGGGUCAUUCAAAGGUACAAGUCGCCAUGGGCGUCACCGCUACACAUGGUUCUCAAAACAGAUGGAUCGUGGAGACCAUGUGGGGAUUACAGGCAACUGAAUGGUCUAAACACUUGA